AUGUCUCAACCGACUUCAACCGGCCGCACUGGCGAUGUUUAUUACCCUCCCAUCCAAAAAAGUCUUCCAACCACCUUCACCCAACUAUCACAGCCAGUCCCUAACUUUACCCUAACUGAUGAUCAACUCAUGGAAUGGCCAGAUUUUUCUGUUACUAAUGUGGACAUGGUCGAUACAUCACAUCAACUUGAAAAUGAAGAGUUGACUUCCGACUCUACCCUAUCACCUCCAAGACGGCAACCCGAAGAGUUAGGCAGGGGGAAACGCGUGAAAAAGAGUAAAAUGUGUGGAACUGGCAGUCAUUUGCGUAGACAAAAUUGA